AUGCGACUUCUGAACGUCGAAACGAGAAAGCUACGAGAAUUCGUUAUUAGUGUACCGGAAUAUGCAAUAUUGUCCCAUACCUGGGGCGACGACGAGGUCACCUUUCAAGACCUCGACUGUCCUGACCACACCAAGAAGCGAGGCUACACCAAGAUCGACGGUUUCUGCUGCCUAGCAGCCAAAAACGGCUUCGAAUGGGUCUGGGUUGACACCUGCUGCAUCGACAAGACGAGCAGCGCUGAGCUCUCCGAGGCUAUCAACUCCAUGUAUCGGUGGUACAAAGACUCUCAGAUUUGCUAUGCCUACCUCGAAGACAUCCAGCCAGACGACGAUCUGAACGGUUUCGACAGGCAAUUUGGCAACAGUCGGUGGUUCACGAGAGGAUGGACUCUGCAGGAGCUGCUUGCCCCCCCGGCUGUCUCUUUCUUCAAUGCUGCCUGGAAGGAACUUGGUACACGUUCUUCAUUGGCGCGCGAGAUCGGAUCCAUCACCAGUAUACCGACCGACUUUCUGAGAGACCGUCACGUUCACAGAGCCAAGGUCGCUGAGCGGAUGUCGUGGGCCGCUCGGCGGCAAACUACGAGGGUGGAGGACAGAGCAUACUCUCUCCUAGGUAUAUUCGAUGUGAACAUGCCACUGCUCUAUGGCGAGGCGGAGAAGGCAUUUGAGAGACUGCAGAUCGAGGUUAUGAGACAGUCAUCUGACGAUUCGAUACUCGCGUGGUCAUUGACGCACGAGCUUCAGUCGCUCAAGUCCCUUGAUGAUCCAAACAUCUCUAACGCAUCAACGAUACCUGCGUUGGCCUCGAGCCCUGGAGACUUUGUUGGGUGGGUUGAUACUCAGACCGAGGGUUUCUACGAACGAACAAGCUCAAUCAUGGAGAUGACAAACCGCGGUCUGCGUGUCGCGCUUCCUGUC